UUUCGAUGAAACCUUCCAACCAGCCGUUGUGUACGUAAAAGUGUUCUUACCGUUGCAGAACUAAGAAAAAUAUGGAACAUAACCAAAGUUGUGGAGAUGUUUAGCACUASGGAGAAGUGCAUUGCCUUUGCGGAAGAAGAGGGCUUAAUUUUAAGCAAUAAAUUAUGCCGCAACCAUAAAAUACCCAUGAUUCCUACUCUAUCGGGGAAUAAUACGGUGGAGUCUUUUAUAUGCCGUAGGUGUAGUUGCCGUUCGUUGUCUGCUGUAUCGAGGGCCAAAGGCACUUGGUUUGAAAAUGCGAAGAUACCAUUGCCUCAGAUAUUUUAUCUGAUGUUCGCAUACGCUUCUCAUUGGUGCGAGACCGAAGCCCGAAAAAACAGCUUUAUAGCUACUUUGUCUACACCCACCAUAUGCGAUUUGUACAGCUAUUGUCGAGAAGCCGUUGUGUUGUAUCACACAGACCAUGAAGAGGCUGUGGGGAAAAUUGGUGGUCCCGGAAAAAUUGUACAAAUUGAUGAAARCAAGUUUGGAAAACGAAAAUACAAUAAAGGUAGAAGAAUUGAAGGUCACUGGGUGCUGGGCAUGGUAGAGGAUGGGAGCGACGACUUGAGAUUGGUAGUGUGUCCCGAUCUGCUGAGGUCCUCAUACCUAUUAUCAAGAAGCAUGUGGCGGAAGGGUCAAUUAUAUGUACCGACUUUUGCAGGGAAUAUAAUUACUCCAACCAACAAAACUUUACUGAUUUGAUUAUUGAGUAUCUGCGGCGAAAAACUAUACGAAGAAACCAUGAA